CUCCGUAGUCGGGGGGUGGAGCUCGACUAGGAAGUACACGUGUGUUUAGACAGCCGGCAAUCCCGGAAGCAAGCAGAAGCGCUAUGGCCGCGGCGGAGAUGACAGCCCCAGUGGCCGACUGGGCUCCGGGGGAACCUGUUCCUGAGUGGGAUUCUCUUAUCUUUGAUGAAAUUGGUGAUCUGAUAGGGGAUCACGAACUUCAGCUCGAUUUAGAAAAUGAAACUUUCGAAAACAGCUUUUGUGAACUUGACUUCGAUUUAGAUCUGAUGUCUUGGGACUCAGAUCCAAGAGAUAUUUCAAAGCAGACUUCAACAGACUAUAAGGUGGAGCCUCUCUCACCAGCCACUUCAGCAGAUUCAGUUCCAUCUCCUUUGUCUGUGGAUUCUCCAGUUCAGCAUGUCCCUGAAGAUAUAGACUUGGGUUCAAGUUCCCAAUCAUCUCCUGUAUCGUUGUAUGGAAAGGACUUCCCAAGUCUCUCUUUGUACACAGAACAGAAGGAGAAAAAACCCCUGCCUAAAAGCAAGCAGUGUUCAGCAAAUCGAUCAUCAGCGACUCCAAGUCGAGGUCACUCACGAGUUUUCAAACCCUUGAUUCAGCCCAAGCCUCUUUUGCCUGCCUUUCGGAAGUCUCAAGGUCCCCUCAGCGUCCAGACUAAAGCUAUUGUCAUUCCAGCUUUUCCAACACUUGUGACACUGCCAAAGCAGCAACCAGCUGUUGCUAUCCAGCCAGCACUUCCUAAAGGCCAACCAGUGGUGCUUUCUCAUUCUGUCGCGGCACAUCUUCAGACUCCUGGAAUCCUUUCUCCCACCAACCCAACCAUUUCCAUCACUGGUGAACUUGCAUCACUACCAGGCCAUACUGUCAACAUAUUGCCACAAAUUACUGGGAAAAGUCUUAGCAAUUCAAACACAGCAGAGGCUAAGACUACUCUUCAUGCUACUUCUGAAAAUAUUGGCAUGAAUAUAAAUGUUCUGAAAAAACAGCAACGGAUGAUUAAAAAUCGAGAAUCAGCAUGUCAGUCACGCAGGAAAAAAAAGGAAUACCUGUUGAGCUUGGAGGCUAGGCUAAAUGCAGCCUUGUUGGAGAACAACCACCUGAAGCGAGAGAAUGGCUCCCUGAAGAGGCAGCUGGAGGAAUUGGCAGAGGAGAACCAGAAUCUCAAGAGCCCCUCUCCAAAGAGAAGAGCACUCUGCGUGCUGAUGCUGCUGGUGUUUGUAGUGUGGAAUCAUGAUAAACUAAGGGUGCUUGAAUGGGCCCCUGCUUCUGAUGAACUUCAUACCAAUUCUGCUCACCAGAGCAGACAUCUUCUAGAAUUCUCUGGAGGUGCACCUCAGCAAAAAGAUGCCAGGGGCAUUGAUCGGUUAAAGCAUUCUGUUUCAGAUAAUAAGGCACUCAUGGUACUUACUGAGGAGCCAAUACUGUACAUCUCUCCAAAACCUUGCAAGCCAUGGAUCAACCGCACUGAGUCACUCAGGUUGAGUCAUGAGCUGCGAGGCUGGGUCCAUAGACAUGAAGCAGAAAGGUCAAGAUCAAGGAAAAUGUCAAAAGAUCUUGAGCAAAAAGCUCAAACUGUCCAGAAUCCUUCAGGAAAAAUUGCAAACUCUGAGCUGAUGGCCCUUCCCUACACAGGCGGCAGUGUUGGAAACUCUGGGAAUGAAUUACAGGUUUAUUACACUCCACUACGAAAUUCCCAGGAUUUCUUUGAUGCAAUUCACAGAAGAGGAGAUACUUUCUAUGUGGUAUCAUUUCGCAGGGAUCACUUGUUGUUGCCUGCUACUACCCAUAAUAAGACCAGAAGGCCAAAGAUGUCAAUAGUGUUACCAGCAAUAAACAUCAGUGAAAAAAUAAUUAACGACCAAGGCUAUGAAGUCAUGAUGCAGAUAGAUUGUGAAGUGAUGGACACCAGGAUUUUGCACAUCAAAAACUCUUCCAUACCUCCCUACCUUCGAGAACAGCAAAGGAAUCACACUUCCUUGUACAGUUCUCCCGCAACCGUCCCAAAGGCAGCCCCUGUUAUGAGAGUUUGAUUCCUUUCUUGGACAUGGGGACUCUUUUCCGUUCUUUCCUGUGUCUUGCUUGUAAAGGAACCGAAGCAGGAGGAGUGUGGCUGCGUGGCUCCUUCUCCUUGGCAGGAAUGGUCCUUUGCACUUAAUCCUCCAAUUUGCCAUUCUCAGCCAAUGGAGAAGAAGCCAUCCACUACUGGGCAACUUUGGUUAACCUAUUUAUAAAUUAUCUGGAAUAUGUCUUAAUGGACCCCAAUGUUCAUUUGCCCAAACUUAGACAUAGGAACAUUUCCACACUUCUCUUUGCUAAUGGUGCAGUUCUUGUUCUAGAUCUGAGCUGAACUAUUGAGGAAGUUUUUGAAUUAUUUUUCUACUGAAUGAUGUAAAAAUUAAUUUUGAGAGGUGUAAACUUAUGGUUUGGGAAAAGAAAUAUUCCCAGUGCAGAUGGUCAUGGGACAGGUUAAAAGUGUUCAGUUUCUAAGGCUGAUUUUCCGUUCCAUGAUGUCAUGGAUUCCUCACCGAUCAAAAAGCACCAACUAGCCAGUUUGCAAUCUAGUGCUAUUUUCAUAUCACGGGAAUUUCCUUUCAUGCUAAGACAAUUCCACAAUUACUGUUCUCUUCUGCUGUUUGGAAGCGGUAACAACAGAGUUAUAAUCUUAACAUUAUAGAGUCGUAGAUUUGGAAGAGACUAUAAUGGCCAUCCACUCCAACCUCACGACAACAAAGAAAAUGUGUUUGUCUAAGAUCUUCAGAGUAGGCUCAGCUUCAUCUCCAAGUUACCAGAAUAUGUUUUCAUAUAGUUCUAGUAUUAGAAAACAGAAGGCUCCCUGUUAGCAGGGGCCUGUUUGGCAGCUUUAACAUUCUGGUGUAAGGGUUAAUAUUUUUAAACGGGGCAUGAGUUUUCUUCUUCAUCUUUCUCAGGAUGGUUAUAUACGCCACUGACUGGUUCAGUGCCUAUAAAGCUGCUUCAGUUAGUCUGUUGUCAUCCUUCCUUUUCCAUCUGGGCUACGACACUGCACUGAAAUUGAUAAAACAAAGACUGUGGGAUGUUGCUUUCUAUGACAUUCCUGCUCAUCCUUCUCAUUGAAUAUAGAAUAUGUUGGGCCUUUUUACCUGUGUAUUCAAUUCUUUUGACUGUCAUCAAUUAUUACAGACUUUUCACAUAUGUGUUGUCAAAGCCUUUCAUGGCCGGAGUCACUGGGUUGCUGUAAUUUUUCCGUGCUGUAUGCCCAUGUUCCAGAAGCAUUCUCGCCUGACAUUUCGCCCACAUCUAUGGCAGGCAUCCUCAGAGGUUGUGAGGUCUGUUUGGAAACUAGGCAAGUGGGUUUUAUAUAUUUGUCCAGGAUGGGGAAAAAAAACUCUUGUCUGUUUGAGGGAAGUGUGAAUGUUGCAAUUGGCCACCUUGAUUAGUGUUAGUAUUGAAUGGCCUUGCAGCUUCAAAGGGGGGGGGGGGAUUCCAGACAGGAGACAAUCAGGGCCAGCUAACAUCCCAAUAAAGGAUUCCCUCAGGCAGGAAACAACCAGACUUUGAAGCUGCAAGGCCGUUCAAUUAUAAUCAAGGUCACCAAUUGCAACAUGCACACUUGCCUCAAACAGACAAGAGUUCUUUCUCCCACCCUGGACUUUCCACAGAUAUAUAAACCCCGCUUGCCUUGUUUCCAACGGACUUCACAACCUCUGAGGAUGCUUGCCAUAGAUGUGAGCGAAACAUCAGGGGAGAAUGCUUCUGAAACGUGGCCAUACAGCCCAGAAAACUCACGGCAACCCAUUUUCACGUAUGUUUUUCUCUCUGAAAUGCUCUGAAGUAGAUUUUCGGAUGACCCUUAUACCUCAAGGCUAUGUCCCUGUAGUGACCAGGAGGAUUCCUUCCCUGAAAAUCCCUGUGGAUUCUCCAAGCAGGCACAACAGCAUAUGGUCACUACCAGGACAUUUGGCCCAAUUUUAUGUCACAUUCUUAUUAGACGUGUCACUUUGGUCAUUGCCACAUUUUUGUCUGAGGCAGACAGGAUUACAGAACAGUUAAUUCCUGUAUUAUGAGAAAACAUCUGACAUAAGCUCUGCCUGAAUGAUUUGACCCAAUUGCUCCAAGUGCUUUUCACUCAAAUCACAUGUUCUGAAUUUGAACUUGUUGGGUCUAGAAAUAGUAAUAAAGAAAUGGUGUUGUA